GAAAAGCAACUUCCCGUGUUUCGUUUUUCGCUGACGGUCGUUUCUCGUUUUUUCCCCCCGAGAACGUGAAUUAAUGCUGACCGAUUUUUCUUUUUAUUUUACGUAAAUAUUGUAUUUAAUUGUCUACAUCCCGGUAGGUAAUUAGAAACCAUUUCAUUCUCAGACCUGGAGUUUUUUUUUUUUAAACCGGGCUUCAAAACACUGUUCAGGGUCCAAUCCUAAAUAGUGACUUAUCGGAUAUGAAGUGCACUAUGGAGGGCUCGCAGUGUGUUAUCUCACACCCUAUGUAGUCCACUCAGAUGCCUAUUGUUACUCCAACUGGAUCUUCUCCUCCAUCUGUAAGUGGAAGUGUUGAAGAUCCAAAGAAGCUGGACCGAGCUGAAACAUUGAGCUGUAGCAGAACGUUUCCACAGGACGCUCCUGCUCCAGGGCUUCCUGAACAGCGGAGAGUAUUGGACUGUAUAGAGGUCUUACAGCUGAAUCCAAGUCCCAAGCAGCAUGAGAAAACCUCUGGAGAUGUUGAGCGAGUGUCCGGUCAGUCAAAAAAAAGAGAAGAGGCCAUCAAAGGGAUCAGCAUCAGCAGCACGGCUUUUAUCGGCCCGGCAUGUCGGCCGCAGCCUGUGAUCGAGGACGAACUGAGCGAGUUUUAUAAAGAGCUUGCGCAGAUCGACCAGACGGAUGCUGGAGAUGGGAAUUGUGAAAAUGUCUCUCAAGCCUGUACUGAAGAAGGAAAUGGCGAGUCUGUGUCUCAAUUCUGGGUUCCACCACACACUGGAGGUAGGACUAGUGAGAAGGUUAGGUUCUGGGCUCCAUCAGAUGCUAUAAACGGAAAUAGUAAGAAUUUGUCUCAGUCCUGGACUCGAUCAGACACGUUCAAUAGAAACAAUCAGCCUGUAUCUCACUUCUUUGCUCCACUGGACAGACAAGAUGGAAAUUUUGAGAAUGUACGUCAGCUCUCAAACCCACCAGCUAUUAAAGAGAGAGGAAACCCCCACAGGAAUGCCUACAGGCCUUAUCCUGCUCCAUGGCCAAACACAGCAGACAGGAACGCACCACAAUGGAGACAGAAUUAUGACUUGACCUGCAAUUGGUCAAACCCACACAGCUAUCAAAAUCAGUGGCAGCAUCCUCCACCAAACUUCCGCUUUCAUCCUCCACCUCCGAAUCCCACGUACCCGGCGUACUCCCAGUCUCACGGACACCAGUACGGUCAGCUCGAGGACAGCAGCUUCCAGCUUGGUCCUGACCCCAGACCCGCUUCAUCUCACAGCCCUGCUCCGUACGAAGCGUUCGAACGACGGCGGUAUGAGGACCAGGAUUACCAGGACGUGAACCGACACCAGCGUUACGACUCUCCGUCUCUGGUGUUGAUUUUGAUGAGAGGAGUCCCAGGUUCCGGGAAGACGACCUUAGCUAGGCAAAUAUCAUCCAGCGGUCCGAGUGGACUGAUCCUCAGCACCGACGAUUACUUUUACCAGAAGGACAGCUACCACUUCGAGCCCGCUCUGCUCAGCACCGCCCACACCUGGAAUCAAAACAGAGCCAAAAAAGCCAUGCUGGACGAGUACACACCGGUUAUUAUAGAUAAUACGAACAUUCAGGCCUGGGAGAUGAAGCCGUACGUGGCAGCGGCACUAGAGAUGGGGUACAGAGUGGACUUUGUUGAGCCGGACACCAGCUGGAAAUGUGAUCCUGCCGAGUUAGAAAAGAGGAAUCAUCAUGGAGUCCCGAAGAAGAGUUUAAUAAACAUGCUGGACCGAUUCGAGCUCCCGAUCAGCGUGGACAUUGUGAUGAAUUCCCAUGAGCCUUCUCAUAAAAGAAAUUAACAUCAUUCCAGACACUGAAAAUGAAAAAUAUCCAGAAAAUAAAUGCAUAGUUUGUUUGUUGAUUAAUUAACAGAAAUUGACAGUGUUUUCUCAGGGCUAAUCUGUUUUUAGGUAUAAAAAAAGUACUCUGAUCUCUGGGUUUAAACAAAUUGAACGUCACUAAUCUAAUAAGAUGAGGUCUAUGAAGCAUUCGAUCUUCAGAAAAUGUCCAGGAAUCUUCCCUGGAGAACCUCUAAAUUAAUUAUUUGUCAAAAAAACUGGAAUGCUUGGGUUUUUCUGCAUAUUGUGAGCAUUUUUUGCCCUUUGAUAUUUUUAUAUCGGACGUCUGAUGCUGCAUUCAGUUUCUACCUUAAAUCUGAGUCAGUGAGAUGAACAGAUCAACCCAGAGAUCAAUUCAUUUUUAUUUCUAUGAUCUGAUUUUAAUGACACUGUUGAACCCUCAGGUAAAAUGACAACAAAAAAAUUCCAUAAUGAAAAAUAUUUACAUUCUGUUUUACCUUCCUGUUUUUAUUAGUAGUGUUUAUUACGAAUGUUAUGUGUUUAUAAUACUAAUUAUUACAACUUUUGUAUAGUAGAAUUGUAAUAAAAUAUAUACAUUUAACAUUCA